GGAGGCAGAUUGUAAGCAUCACGACUAGGAGGACUCACUGUUCCUUUCAUCUGCAUUUCGUCUGAAUAAUAUCGACCUAGUCCUCUAGUUUUAGCAGUCGGCUGGCAUGUCAGCGUUAAAACAGCGCGUGCUGCCGAGUUAACGCUCGCGGAAAACGUUGACGAAGCGUUGGACCAGAGCCUGGCUAUUUGUUGUUGGUUUGAAAAGUUUUAAUGAAGGAAGUCAGCACAGGUGGCGUUUCUAAACGUUAAAUAGAUGGCGACGCUUCGACGGCUGUGGAUAGAUAGAAAGUAUUUCAGUCUGAUAUCACAGGUUUCGUGAGAAUAAUGAUGCUGUGAAUAUGUUCACGUCGUAGCGAGAAAAAAAAGAGUACCGAGACCGUCAGUCGUCGGAAUCGGUGUUUUCAGUCGAGCUACCUGCGCUACAGUAGGGGUUUGGGGAGGUCGUCGUCACCAGUAGACGCUUAACCAAACAGUCACGGUUAAGUUUUUGCUAUCUGGCUAACAGUGCUGAGUUAGCAACCCCCCAGUUUUGGCAGAGUGUCGCUGCGAGGAGCCAGUGUUACAGGAGAGGGGACACAGAAAUGCACCGCGACGUAACUAUGGUUCAGGUGGAGGAAUUUGAGACGAGCUGUAAGAGUAGCCAGCUAGCUAGUUAAAUUACUAGUAUUGAGGUUGGUUACUCGCUAGCAAGCGUGUUGACAAUUACCUAACGCUAAGUAAAACUGGCUAUCAGCUGUCUUUGUGUUAGUCCGUUGGACAAUACAGUGCGACUCGAUGGAAGCGUACAGUAGCAUGCUAACAAAGCAAUGCUUUGUUGUUGGAUAGGGGGCAGCUGGCACCAACACACAGGCUUCACAGCUGAUAUUAUUGCUUAGCUAAUACAGCAGGUCUCAGUCACAGAGGGUUUGGGGGUCCAGACGCCGUUGUGUUGCUGUCAAGGCUGUGUGUGAUAGAAAAAGAGACGACUGAGAAGGCAACCUGAUGACACUGGACAACAUGAAGUCGGAGCGAGAUGCAACGGAGGAGUUUUUCGAGUAUGACACGGAGGAGUUCCUGGUAUUCCUGACCUUGCUCAUCACAGAAGGACGGACACCAGAAUAUUCUGUGAAGGGCAGAACCGAGGGGCUGCACUGUCCACCAGCCCAGUCGGCCAUGCCGCCUCUUCACAAGCACGAAUGCAGCGACAAACUGCCCCAGUGUCGGCAGGCAAGGCGAACCCGUUCAGAGGUGAUCCUGCUUUGGAGGAACAGCAUCCCCAUCAUGAUCGAGGUCAUGCUCCUACCAGACUGUUGCUAUGGUGAUGAGUGCCCCCCGAGUGACCCCAUCAGCGACCCGGUCAUCAAACAAGAUGCUCUACUGCUGGAGAGAUGGACCCUGCAGCCAGUUCCAAGACAAAGCGGCGAUCGUUUCAUUGAGGAGAAGACCCUUCUGUUGGCUGUGCGCUCCUACGUCUUCUUCUCCCAGCUCAGCGCCUGGCUCAGCGCCUCCCAUGGUAUCGUCCCGAGAAACAUCCUAUACAGAAUCAGUGCUGCUGAUGAGGAGUUGGUGUGGCAGUUCUCCCAGCCGCCUUCAGAACACAUUUUCCCCGUCCCCAACGUGUCCCACAGUGUUGCACUGCAGGUCCGUGUCCAGUCACUCCCCCGCCAGCCCACCUACCCCACCCUGGCCUGCAGCAUCCACACCGGCCUGCCUCCGCUUUACAGCAAGACGCCCAGCCUCAACCCAAACCUUAACAGCCAUGGUGGCCUGCCCACCCACAAAAAGAGCCAGGACCCCAGCAAAGACAACCUCCUUCACAACUCUAACAUCUACAGCAAAAGCUCCAACUCCAUGUCUGGCCUACUCCUCAACGGAUUACCCAUUCCUAAUCUUCCCAUCAACAACAUCCCCAUUAACAGCCUACCCCACACUGCUGUCCCCCCUCCCUACAGCAAGAAGACCCAGGAGCCUGGUGAGGACCACACGUAUCAGAAUGGAGAACUUCCGCAGGUCAACAUCCCCCAAAGUCAGGGCUCCCCCCUGUUCCACAGGUCGUCUCACUCCCCCACGCCCUCCCGCUCCCACUCUCCCUCUCCACUUCCCACAAGUAAAGCAGGGAAGUGGCUAUACUCUGCUCUCAAUGGUUCAUCUGACCCCACACAAGUAGAAGACUAUGGGUCUGGCACCAACAGCAGUGAUAGGUCAAAAGGGCCCAUCCCCGAGCCACUGAGAGCUUUUAAGAAUUUCUCCUUGGCUGAGCCCCCCCGCUGCCCCUCCCCAAGGCCUGCAACCGAGACAAACCCUCUGAUUGGCUCCCUGCUGCAGGAGAGACAGGAAGUUAUCGCCCGCAUUGCACAGAGGCUCAACUUCUGCGACCCCACAGCACCACCACUCCCUCCCGGCCUUUUUGCUUCUGACAACCCUCCCAAAGCCAUGUGGGGCAGUAACCAUGACGACAUAACUGCCAGUAAGACCAAAGAACCCGAGGUACCGCCCUACGAGUCUGUGGGACGUGUGUGGCCCAGCCCCUUCAACACACCCGUGACUGACCCUUCUUUCAGCAAACGGGAGAGCUCCUCUCCUAAACCUGCAGCCUGCAGGAAGCUGAAAAUGACUGAGACAAGAGACAGAGAGGAGGAGCGGAAUGGAGAGAGGGAGAGGGAGAGAGAGAAGGAGAAAGACAGGGAGAGAGACAGCUCCCUGAUCGCCCAGGCAGUACAAGACAUAACGAGACUCAUCCAGGAGAGACUGUCUGUCCCCUCUCUGUCCCCGAGGCACAGCAGGAGCGGCAGCCAUCUGCACCACACGCACACAACAACAGUCACGCACACGGUCCGCACAUAUUCACACACCUCUCACAUCCCACAAGCCUCACACACUGCCACCAACGGCUACACCAACGGCCACGUACCCAGCCAUGAACCUCACAGAGGCAGCAGUCGCACCGCUGCCACAACCGCGCCCGUUUGCACAGACAAGCCCCGAGUGGAUCCGGGAACCGGAUGCCAUUCUCCCCGGGCCCAAAAUGGUGCUCACUUUACACUUGAAGAAUCCUCAUUGAAAGGCCAGUCCCACACCCAGGCUGGUCGCUGUUUACGAACUCCCCCGCAAGAAAAGCUCAGAGCUAGGAUGCCCAGCAGCCAUGAACCCCCCCCUGCCACCCCUGUCACCGAGAACAGCCCAAGGAAUGCCCAGAUCUUUAGUUGGACUUGCAAUGAUGCCAGCCCAGCCAUGAACUGUAACACAAGCCACAACCACAGCAAGCCUCAGCCCCAGUCCCAGAUGCAGUUUUGUGCACCAGCGCAGGCCUCUGCCCUGCAGGAUGAGAACCAGGCCCCCUCCAUAUCUGGAUGCUCCAGCACCUCCAGUCCAGACAUGACUCCCCCUUCCACAGUCCUGCGAGCUCACAGCCCCUCCCCGCUGCGCCCCUGCAACAGCUGGAAGAAACAGAAUCGACACUCAUUAGAUGCCACAGCGACCAAGGCCUUCCACCCCUGCACUGGCCUGCCUCUGCUCUCCAGCCCUGUUCCUCAGAGGAAAAAUCAAACAGGCUACUUUGACCUGGACACCUCUCUGGCUGGCUGUAAGGGUUUGCCUUGGGCCUCUGGGAAAAGGGUGUGUCCAAAGAAUGAGGGGUACACCGAUGAGUCGCAGCAGUUCAGUGCCAGCGCUCCACCUGCCAGUCUCAGUUUGCUGGGAAACUUUGAGGAGUGUGUGCUGAACUACCGCCUAGAGCCUUUAGGGUUAGUGGAGGGUUUCACAGCAGAAGUUGGAGCCAGCGGGUCCUUCUGCCCAAGUCACCUGACCUUACCCGUUGAGGUGUCAUUCUACAGUGUAUCCGAUGACAACGCUCCAUCACCAUAUAUGGGUGUGAUAAACCUGGAGUCCCUGGGGAAAAGGGGCUACCGUGUACCUCCAUCAGGAACCAUUCAAGUGACCUUAUUCAAUCCCAACAAAACAGUGGUGAAGAUGUUUGUUGUGAUGUACGACUUACGAGCCAUGCCAGCUGGACACCAGACCUUCCUGCGCCAGAGGACCUUCUCUGUUCCCGUCCGCCGUGACACAAACAAUCAGACCAGCAGGAAGUCCCUCGGCCAGGGACGCACCUUGCGCUACCUCGUUCACCUGAGGUUCCAGAGUUCUAAGUCUGGGAAGAUCUACCUCCAUAGGGACAUCCGUCUGCUGUUUUCCAGGAAGUCCAUGGAGGUGGACAGCGGAGCUGCCUACGAGCUCCAGUCCUCCACAGAGUCCCCUAUUGACCCUCCCUUCUCUCCCCGCUGCUGAGACCUGACUCCCUCCCUCCUCCGCUCAGCGGGCAACUACCGAAGCUUCAGUCACACCUUGAUGCCAGCGAUAGACUCGUACGCAGCCAAUGGCAAGAUGAACGUCUCUAAAACAGGAGCAUUUUAAGGACUGCAGUCAACAAGACUCACCUGGCAUGUGCCCAAAAUCUUAAGUUUCAUCCCUUGUGUCACCCAGAACUGACAAGGGGGGGUGAGCUAAGAGCCUGGGAGACUCGUCAGAAAUGAUGUUCUUUGUUAAGUGCACAACCUUGGAUCAAAGAGGAUGGGUCAAAGGUUACAUUUGUAGAGAAUGUUUUCAGAUCCUGUUCUCCUGGUUAAGAAGGCCUUACCAGAUAUGAUAGGUCCUUCAUUUUCCUGCUGUUGUGUGUACCUCCAGCGUCUGGCAGGAGAGUAGAAACCAGUGAUCGUCUACAGAAGCAGUUAGACACGUAAAUUAUUUCAGCAGAGUUUAGGCUACUUGACUCUGUUUUCUCAAAUCACAAUGUUAAUUGGACCUGUACUUGAUGUAAUGAAUAAGUGUUCAAUCUCAGUUAAUUUAAUUGCAAAUGCAAUACAAAGGCCCUUUUAAUGGUAAAAUAUUUUGUUUUAAAUCCUUGAAGAUUAGAUUGAUUGAACUGAAAGUGAACUCAGCUUUGACCCCUGUGAUUCCUGAGCUCGGAGCAGAGGGAGCGCAUACGGAAGAGGAAGCGGGUGGCAGACUGUGGUGCAAUGCAACCCCCCUCGUCCAAAAACAAAACACAUACAAUGGACCACUAAAGAAGUUGAACAAGCAGUCAAGCUUGAUUCAGCUGAAAGCAUCAAAGCAGAACAUCAGAAGUGCACUGUGGAUUUUUUUUUCUCAUAACUGGAAAUGAAACAGAAAAUAGUAAUAUUCUAAUACUUUUGUACUGUUACAGAACCACUUUAUUGGAAGUGUUGCAAUAGAAAGAGUAACCUUAGUUUAGUGUUUACACAUUCACUUUCAGUUUACUUAUCAUCAGUUUAUUUAAUAUUUAAAUUAAUAUUUCAGUUACUACUUGUGACGUCUGUCAUGCUAAGAUGAUGUAGUGCAAACUGUAUAUCAUAGUAUGUAUUUUUGACAUUAAUAUUCAAAUCUGAAAAAAAAUAUAUCUAUAUAUCUUCUAAAGCAA